ACCAUAUAUAUAUAACCUCCCAUUAUAUGCAUUCUAACUCACUUACCUUCCAUACUCAACUGCUUAAUUAUUUUCUUACGUCCGAAUAUUCGUAAUGUCGAGAAGAUCCGGAGGAAGUACUCCAAGAAUCAGCGACGACCAGAUCAUCGAACUCGUCUCCAAGUUGCAACAACUUCUUCCUGAGCUUCGAAACCGCCGUUCCAACAAGGCAUCAGCUUCGAAGGUGUUGCAGGAAACUUGUAACUACGUGAGGAGCUUGCACAAGGAGGUUGAUGACCUUAGUGAUCGUCUCUCCCGCUUGUUGUCCACCAUUGAUGAUGACAGUCCUCAAGCUUCCAUUAUUAGGAGUUUAAUUAAUAACAAUUAAGUACAAAGAUAUAUAUAAGUAUUUCAGCAUUUUCCUAAUUGCUUAAUCAUAUAUGUUUGUAGUGGUUUGCAGGUUAUGCCUAUCUUUGUAUUUGAUCACUCAAAUUAUAGUUGGAUAAUGAAUGAUAUUAAUCAUGCUUGUGUUUA